GCUACAACAACAAGUCCUCGUCCUCGUCCUCGUCUUCGUCUUCCUCCUCCACCUCGCGCGCUGCAGCAGCAGCAGCGGUGCGCGUGAUGGCGUUCCACUACCAGGACCACGCGCUGGCGAUGGACGCCGCGGCUGCGGCGGCGGAGACGGGCGGCCACCACCACCCUGGGUUCGUCGGGGCGGGAGGAGUUGUGGGGGGAGGAGGAGGAGGAGGGUGGGAGCGGGAGAAGGCCGCCAUCGCGGCGCACCCGCUGUACGAGCGGCUGCUGGAGGCGCACGUCGCGUGCCUCCGCGUCGCCACCCCCGUCGACCAGCUGCCCCGCAUCGACGCGCAGAUUGCGGCGCGCCCCCCGCCGCUGGCCGCCGCCACGGCCGCAGCGGCGGCCGCGGCGGCCGGAGGGGCGCCGUCCGGCGGCGAGGAGCUCGACCUCUUCAUGACCCAUUAUGUAUUGCUCCUUUGUUCGUUCAAGGAACAACUACAGCAACAUGUGCGUGUUCAUGCAAUGGAAGCAGUAAUGGCUUGCUGGGAACUUGAACAAACUUUACAGAGCCUUACAGGGGCAUCUCCUCGUGAAGGUUCUGGAGCAACUAUGUCUGAUGACGAAGACAAUCAGGUUGAUAGUGAGAGCAACAUGUUUGAUGGAAAUGAUGGAUCAGAUGGUAUGGGCUUUGGCCCCUUAAUGCUGACGGAGGGCGAGAGAUCAUUAGUUGAGCGUGUACGGCAAGAGCUGAAACAUGAGCUUAAACAGGGGUACAGAGAAAAGCUUGUGGACAUUAGGGAAGAGAUACUCCGAAAGCGAAGAGCUGGAAAACUCCCAGGAGAUACAGCGUCUACUUUGAAAGCAUGGUGGCAGGCUCACUCUAAAUGGCCAUACCCAACUGAGGAGGACAAGGCUCGCUUGGUGCAGGAAACAGGGUUGCAACUAAAACAGAUCAAUAAUUGGUUUAUCAACCAACGUAAACGGAACUGGCACAGCAAUCCUGCUUCAUCCUCAUCAGACAAAAGCAAGAGAAAAAGAAGCAAUGCAGGUGAUGGCAAGGCCGAGCAAUCUUGGUAGAACGUGGUUGGAGAAGAAGUAUAUAUAUGUAAAUAAUGCAUCCAUUGUGAAGAAUGCCAGUAUAUUUAUUGCUCCCAAGAUGGCGAUUCGGACAGAAGCUUCCUGGGGCUAAUUUAUACGAAAGAAAUUAUGUCAUGUUAUAAUUUUAGUCAUGUGAAGCUAUAGUGCGUAUAUAUAGUGACUUACCAGAGAGUAGUUUUUAUGUUUGCUGUUGGCUAGUGUGCAUUUGUAGUUGGGACGUGCUGGCUGUCUCUCUACAGCUCGGUACAACCAUGUAUUUAUAACGUGUUGUGAAGCAUAUGUUGUAAAAUCGUGGAAUGGGAGUGUUCUGCGAUCCCCAUAUGUUGUUGUAAUGUUGUAUAUUGAUGACCAUGCUGCAACGGCAGCAUGUUUGUAACUCGUUAUAUCCUCAGGCUCUUGUGUUGUUACAAAUUACAGAACUAUAUUGUCUUUAACGAGCAUCUCCUGUUGAAUUAAUAAUAGCCAGACAGUCAGAUUUUUGUUGGA